UGGCUUCUAUCCUGGCAGUUCUGCUCAUCCAGGGCCGGCAGGAGAUCACCUUGAAUCUAGGAUCGGACAGCAGGAACGCGGCUAGCUGCUUCUGGCUGUGAUACAGACUCGAGUCGUAAGCUGAGGAAUUCCCAUCCUGUGCUCUCUCCUGCCUCCUGGUCGAUUUUCCAGUUCCGUCGUCGAUUCGGAUGGUUUGUGGUUACACACACCCCAGCUGUCGUAUAGUUUUUCUGGCUUUUUCGCAGUUCCUUUCGCUUGUGUCAGUCAUAAUAAUGAGGAUGUAGAUCUGCUCUCCAAUAUUCAAUAAAUUAUCUACUUCGCCCACUGGUUUUUGAAGUUUUCCAUGCCAGGAAAUGCAGCAUGUCCAAUGGUGAAUCCGUUGAUUUGGCGAAAGAAAUCAAACGUUUGCGUUCUGAAAAUGAGAGAUUGUUAUUAGAAGCAGAUCAUGACAGGAAAGUACUCAGUGAUCAGUUGUUGCAGGCACGGGAUGAAGUUCUGGUGGCUCAGCGCGAGAAUGCAAUUCUCCAGUGCAAUGUCAAAGAGCUAGCGGAGAAUAACUCCAAACUGGAGUCCUCACUUCUGAACGUGAUCUCAGAGAAGAACAGCUUGGAAGAAGAAGUGCAUAUCCUGACGGACGCACUAGAUAACACCCGCGACGCAUGUCGUUCGGCGACUGAGAGUUAUACGGAUCUGCAUCAGAAAGUGGCGGAGAGUGGAUUCUUGUAUCACGUCAUCUCGUGCCCGUCACCGAUGCAUCAUCAGUCCCCAUCUCGUGAAUCUAACGACAAAGACCAAUCCAAUUCCAUGUACUCUAAGCCGCCGACCACGUAUUCGCUGAAAGUAAGUCUAAACAAGAGAUCUAUUCAGUCCAGUUUAGAAGGAACCAACCAAAGUGCCGAAAAUGAGUAGCACCUCCACAACCGCCUUCCCACUACACUCUCCCUUUUUUCACUGCUGAGAAAGAUUGCACGGGUGAACAUUCCCGGCAAGACUUUGUAUGUCAAAAACAGUACUGUUAUCGUCUUGAUUUGCUCGUAACUUAUCUCUACUUUCUUAACCCCGUCGUUUCUAUCUUGAUUGACUAUUUUACCAGUCUACUGACAAGCCAAUGCUGGCACUGUCUUGCUUUUGUGCUGCCCGUCUGCUUUGCUUUUGCAUGAUGAAAAAGUUCAAUGGAAUUCCGUUUUCGCAUGGUACCGUUAUAUGUACUAAAAUUAUCCUAUGCGAAAUGGAUUUCCAUUGACAGUCAACACUGAACAGUGCUACUAACAGCGUUAUGUCCGUAUCAUUUGGGACCAGCGUGUUUGAACCUUUCUUCUGCCUUUGCAAUACCAUGUACAUACAUGUAUGUGUGCAGUAACGUUAUCUAUUGUUUUAAUUCCACUAAGCUGAUCUGCUUGAGCGCGCACUCUUAUGCUCGCGGCCCAGUGCAUGGCACCUAUUGUCAGCGUGCGUUUCGUAGCACUUGCACUCCUGUUCAGUGUUCAGUGUACAGUGUACAGUACCUGCUGUUGAUGUUUUCGUUCUCCCACUGUGACUUGCCCAGUGUCUCUGCAUUACACACAGCUCGUGUCUGACAAACCUUUUUUUCUUA